AUGGCCUCUAGGUACUCUGAGCCUCCUGCCAUAGCAAUUACUUCACUAGUUUUGCUUCUUCUUAUUUCCCUUCCACCCAGAAUCCUCUCACAAAAUUCCCCCAUCCCCACUGACCCAACAGUAACUGAUUGCACGCCAGGGCUGCUACCACUGGCCCCAUGUGCCCCAUUUGUUCAACGCAUGGCUCAGACACCAGUUCAACCUUGUUGUGACAACCUCAACCAACUCGACCAGGAGCAGCCUGGUUGCAUUUGCCUCUUGCUCAAAGACACCAACUUGAGCUCUUUCCCAAUUAAUCGCACCUUAGCCCUGGAGCUGCCUGUUCUUUGCAACGUGCAAAUUAACAUUGCUGCCUGUUCAGGGACCCUCAGGUCCUCUCUAGUCCACCUGCUUCUCAAGUUUACCCGGGAGAACCCUCCAAUUCUUCUGUUGGGAGACACACCGAAUAUUCUUUUGCUUGCUUCUCCCGUGGUUGAAGGCGAGCCAAGAUCUUCCAUCAUGGGAAUCGGAUUUCAUCGGAGUACUGGUGUUAAGUUGGAGGCAGAAGGUUCUUUGAUGCUACUGGUGACUCUGGCUGUCAUUUCUUUAUCAAAAGCAUUUCGUUGGGUCUGGGUUAAUAAUAAGCAUGUUGUGUUUAUCCUAUAUUGGUAUUCUUAGUCUUAGUACUUGGGGAAAUACAGUACCAGUUAUGAUGUGAUUUCUCUUCAUUGAUUUAUAUCCGUAUGCAACUCCUCUACUGGUUUUAAACAGUAUCUAGUUGUUUCUUAUGGAUGAUUGCACCUGUAUCAGAAAAGGUCAACCAGUUUGGAGUGUAAAAGGUUAGUGCUUGAACGGCAUUUUUAAACCUCCAGUGAUUUUAUUGCAGAAGGCUAUGCAAUAAUGAAAUCGCAGCCAAACUACACGGAUGCUAAUUUAAUCAUAAGA